AAAGUUGGGGCAUAAUAUUGGCGAAUCUUAGAGCCGCCCUUAUAUACGAGCGAAGAGACAGCAGACGACAUUUCUUUCUUUCUGAGCUAUCAUCGGCGUCGCCUCUUUCUUUCAUUCUUCUCCACCCGCUGAUCCGAAACUUAUUUGGUUUGAAAGGCAGAGAAUAUGUUGGGGAUUGUAAGGCGAAACGUUGGGGGUGCCGGAGGCUUAUACUCUCAGGGCUUCGGGAGAUUAAGGCCAGUAGCAUCGGCCAUAAGAAAUUACUCGUCUGGAGGCAAAGAGAUGACAGUGCGAGACGCUUUGAACUCUGCUCUUGAUGAGGAAAUGGCUGCUGAUCCUAAUGUUUUCGUUAUGGGUGAAGAGGUUGGAGAAUACCAAGGUGCAUACAAGAUAACCAAGGGUUUAUUGGAUAAAUAUGGACCUGAAAGGGUUCUUGAUACCCCUAUUACCGAGGCUGGGUUUGCCGGUAUUGGAGUUGGUUCUGCAUAUCAUGGUCUGAAGCCAGUGAUAGAGUUUAUGACUUUCAACUUCUCUAUGCAGGCGAUUGACCAUGUUAUCAACUCUGCAGCAAAGUCAAACUACAUGUCUGCUGGGCAGAUUAAUGUACCCAUUGUAUUUAGAGGACCAAAUGGGCCCGCUGCCGGUGUUGGUGCUCAACAUUCCCAGUGUUAUGGUGCGUGGUACGGGUCAGUCCCUGGUUUGAAGGUGCUGGUACCUUACUCAUCCGAAGAUGCUCGUGGACUUCUAAAAGCUGCAAUUAGAGACCCUGAUCCCGUUGUUUUUCUUGAAAAUGAGUUGCUGUACGGUGAAUCCUUCCCAGUUUCUGCCGAAGCUCUUGAUUCGAGUUUCUGCCUUCCUAUUGGAAAAGCAAAGAUUGAAAGAGAAGGUAAAGAUAUCACAAUCACAGCUUUCUCUAAGAUGGUUGGCUAUGCUCUUAAGGCAGCCGAAAUACUUGAAAAGGAUGGGAUAAAUGCAGAGGUUAUAAAUUUGCGGUCCAUUCGACCACUAGAUAGAGCCACAAUCAAUGCUUCAGUCAGAAAAACUAACCGUCUCGUCACUGUUGAGGAAGGGUUCCCUCAACAUGGCAUUGGUGCUGAAAUCUGUGCUUCGGUCAUUGAAGAUAGCUUCGGUUAUCUUGACGCACCAGUGGAGAGAGUUGCAGGUGCCGAUGUUCCCACACCUUAUGCCGCCAAUCUUGAGAGAAUGGCUUUUCCUCAGAUCGAGGAUAUUGUUCGCGCUGCGAAGAGAGCAUGCUACAGGUCGGUACCUAUGGCUGCAAGUGCUUGAUCACGGGUAUAAAGAAAGCUGACUUUUGAUUUGGGAUGUUUUAAGAGAGCGUCUUUCGAUUUUUGAGGGGCAUAAAUGUCAUAAGUUGGAAAAAGCUCCGUUUUUUUUUAAUUUUUGUAUUGUAUUGUGUGAAUUAACUUUAUAGAAUUUUCUCUUUACGUACGUACACAUCAGCUCUUUUUAUUCAAUAAGGUUGAAUGCAAUGCAAGUGAUAACAUGUUUUGUUUUCA